AGAUUCAUUAAGCGAAAAAACCAGGGUUCUUGGUUUUCCGGAAACGAAGAGGAAACGAAGCAGAGUCGUGGCGGCUGAGGGGUGUGAAUAAGAGGGUAAAGGGAAGAAGAAGAGGAAGGCAAGAAGAAAAGCGAAAUGAGAGGAAAUCGUAGCACGAAGGAGGAUAGACAGAAAAAAGAUCUGGCGAAAGACUGAGAAGGGUGUAAAUUCGAAAUUUAGUUUGUUUGAGUGCAAUUCUGAAGGAUAACUGGGGCUUUGACAACUCAAUAUAGUUGAUCAUGUCAACUCUCAAGGAUCUUUUACCUCCAGCGAAGUCGACCACAACCACGUAUUAUGACCAUUCAAAUGACCCAUGGUUUAAGCAGCGUUUCAGCUCAUCUGAAAUAGAGCAAGCCUCUGUGAUCAAGCACAAACCUGUUCCUCCUUACUUGAAGCGUGCUGGUUUUGUUCCUCGAAAAGUUGAGGAUUUUGGUGAUGGUGGCGCUUUCCCUGAGAUUCAUGUUGCUCAAUACCCUCUUGAUAUGGGCAGGGCUAAAUCCGCCAAACCCGGGUCAAAGAUUCUACCUGUGACAGUGGAUGCCCAUGGCAAUGUUGCUUAUGAUGCUAUUGUUAAGCAGAAUGAGAAUGUGAAGAAGAUUGUUUAUUCACAACAUAAAGAUCUCAUCCCAAAGAUACUGACAAGUGAAGUGGAGAGUGAAGAUGAUGAAGAGUUGCAGAAAGAGAUUGAGGAUACAAUGCAGGAAACUAAGGCUGCACUUGAAAAAAUUGUGAAUGUGAGAUUGAGUGCGGCGCAACCAAAAAAUGUACCAAAACAGUCUUCUGACUCAAAGUAUAUUAAGUACAAGCCAUCACAACAAUCUGCAGCAUUCAAUUCAGGUGCGAAGGAAAGAAUUAUUAGAAUGGUGGAGAUGCCUGUGGAUCCACUUGAACCCCCUAAGUUUAAGCACAAACGGGUCCCAAAAGCAUCAGGAUCGCCACCAGUGCCAGUCAUGCACUCUCCUCCUCGUCCUGUGACAGUGAAGGAUCAACAAGAUUGGAAAAUUCCGCCAUGUAUUUCAAAUUGGAAGAAUCCAAAGGGUUACACAAUCCCACUUGACAAGCGUCUUGCUGCUGAUGGAAGGGGCCUCCAAGAAGUCCAGAUUAAUGAUAAUUUUGCCAAGCUAUCAGAAGCUCUAUAUGUUGCAGAGCAGAAGGCUAGAGAAGCUGUUGCAAUGAGAUCAAAAGUUCAGAAGGAAAUGAUGAUGAAGGAAAAGGAGAGGAAGGAACAAGAACUUCGGGCAUUAGCCCAAAAAGCUCGCUCUGAGAGAACAGGUGUGGCUCCUGCUGCUGCUGCAAUUCCAAUCUCAUCUGAGAGGGGUGGGGUUGAUGCUAUUGAUGCCAGGGGUGAUAAUGAGCGUGUGAGAGAGAAAGAGAAAGAAAUGUCAAAGGAGACAAGAGAGGAAAGGGAAGAGCGAUUGCAGAGGGAAAAAAUUCGUGAGGAGCGGCGGCGGGAGAGGGAGAGAGAGAGAAGGUUGGAGGCCAAAGAUGCUGCUAUGGGCAAGAAGAGUAAGAUCACUAGAGAUAGAGACCGUGACAUUAGUGAGAAGGUUGCCCUUGGCAUGGCCUCUACUGGAGCUGGAAGAGUGGGUGAGGUUAUGUAUGACCAGAGGCUGUUUAACCAAGAUAAAGGAAUGGACUCUGGGUUUGCCACGGAUGACCAAUACAACAUUUAUGACAAAGGCCUAUUUACCGCUCAGCCAACACUUUCGACCUUGUAUAGGCCAAAGAAGGAUGCUGAUGACGAUAUGUACGGAGGGGCGGAUGAACAGUUGGAGAAGAUUAUGAAGACAGAUCGCUUCAAACCUGACAAAGGAUUUGCUGGAGCUUCUGAGAGAGCAGGUCCCAGAGACAGGCCAGUUGAGUUUGAGAAGGAGGCAGAGGAAGCCGAUCCAUUUGGAUUGGAUCAAUUUUUGACAGAGGUUAAGAAGGGUAAGAAAGCCAUGGAAAAAGUAGGAGGCGGAGGUACAAUGAGAGCCAGUGCUGGAUCUUCCAUGAGAGACGGCCACGAGGGAGGCUCCGGUAGAACACGCAUUGGGUUUGAGAGAGGGCGAUAAGUGCGCCCCUCAUAAGGCUUUUAUUAGCUUCUUUAUGUUCGAUCUUGAGAUUAAUGUCUUUCAGCUUGUUGACAACAAUAGGGAGAAUGUUGUAUGCUAUCUUUUGAAAAUACAUAUUUUGUGAAUUUUGGCAUGUUUGAUGGGGAAAAGAGUAGAAAUUAUCUUAAUAAUGCAUGAAGUAGGCAAA